AUGGCGAGUAUCCAGCUCUACGUCGCCGCGGCCUGCGCCGUCGUCCUCGCGCUGGCCGCCCCGGCUCUCGGCGGCGACCCCGACAUGCUCCAGGACGUCUGCGUCGCUGACUACGCCUCCCGUCGGCUUCAUCACCACCGCCAACAAGCUCUUCACCAAGACCCUCACCAUGGGGACGUCUUCGUCUUCCCGCGCGGCCUCGUCCACUUCCAGCAGAACAGGGGGUACGGCCCCGCCGCCGUCGUCGCCGGCUUCAACAGCCAGCUCCAGGGCACGCAGCAAAUCGCCAUGACGCUCUUCGGCGCCACGCCGCCCGUGCCCACCGACAUCCUCGCCAAGGCCUUCCAGAUCGGCAACGGGGAGGUGGAGCACAUCAAGGCAAACUUCGCGCCCAAGUAG